CUCAAUGCAUCCUAGCGUCUCAAUAAGCAAAGACCCCGAAGAGUUCACAACCUAAAUACUCUGAGGCAUGGCACUCCAGCGAGACAUCUUGUUGCACGAAUUCCCCUGCUUUGAAACGGCGGAGCUCCUAGGCGGUCAGCCUAACACAGGCUGGUGCCACCCUGCCCGUGGGAGCCGUGAGGGUCUCCAGAUGAGACGGGGGAGUCUCCCUGCCUGGCCCUAGAAGAGCCCAGGACACGCCAGAGAUCAGGAGCUGCGGGCUGAGCUGUGGGAGCCCUGCAUCACCCCCGAGGGCCCUUUCCUGUUUGUCGCUCUCAGCCAGGUUGUUUUGCUUCCAGCGCUGGGUAGACAGCCCCACUUCUCCCUCACUCUGAAGCUGCCUGGGGACCCUGCGGGACCGCACUUCUGCCUUCGAGGCGCUUUUGGGAAGGAAACGGCUCCUCCGCCCACCUCUCCCGAAAGGGCCAGGAUCCAGGGCAUCCCAGGAUGCGUCUGGUGCAGAAGUCCAUAUGUCUGCUGCUGGUGGCCACGGCGUCCCUGGCCCUGCUGUACCUGCACGUCUGGUCGCCCAAGCCCUACAGCACGGUCGACCUGCGCAACCGGCCGGACCGAGCCCCCGAGCAGCUGCUGGGCGAGCCCUUGCUGGGCCCCUCCAACAAGUACGCCCACAUCCCCUUCCGGCUCAAGGAGGAGAUCCUCGAGCUGCUGCCCCGGAACUCGUGCUCGUGCGAGGUGGUGCCCGGCGGGAAGCUGCCCUUCCCCAAGCAGCUCUUCGGCCAGCUCUACUCGCUGGAGUUCACCGCCGCCUUCGGCCCCGUGGAGCUGGCGCGGAUCCACGGUACCCGGGAGCAGGAGUACCAGAGCGACCAGCAUCGGACCAAGUCUCCAGCUGACCAGCUGCUGAUCGUCAGAGCCAACUCCCCACUGGAGUACCCCGCCCAGGGCGUGGAGGUGCGCCCACUCCGGACCAUCCUCAUCCCAGGGCUCAGCUUGCAGGCGGCCAGCAGGAAACUGUACGAGGUGACCCUGACUGCCACCCUGGGCACCUUCGAUGUGGCGGCAGUGGUGGAGGGGGUGAAGGCGCAGGGCGAGGGGGAGACGCGUCUCUCACUGUCGAGCGACCAGUUGGACAACCUCAACCGCCAGCUGCAGUUCGUCACCUACACCAACACGCUCUUUCACCCCAACACCGCGGACACAGUGCAGUUUGCUGCCGAUGGGCACCAGGCAUCUUUCACCAUCCGAAUCCGCCACGCACCCACGCCCAAGCUCUAUAACCCGGGAUCCCCGGGCGACGGCGGAGCAGAUUACAACAUCAGCGCCCUGGUCAGCAUUGCGACCAAGACCUUCCUGCGGUAUGACAAGCUGCGGGUGCUGAUCGCCAGCAUCCGCCGCUUCUACCCCACGGUGACCAUCAUCAUCGCAGACGACAGCCAGCACCCCGAGCCUGUGGGCGGCCCCCACAUCGAGCAGUACUUCAUGCCCUUCGGCAAGGGCUGGUUCGCAGGGCGCAAUCUGGCCAUUUCCCAGGUCACCACCAAGUACGUGCUGUGGGUGGAUGACGACUUCAUUUUCACGCCCCGCACCAGGGUGGAGAAGCUGGUGGACGUGCUGGAGAAAACCAGCCUGGACCUGGUGGGGGGCGCAGUGCGGGAGAUCACAGGGUUCACCACCACCUACCGGCAGAAGAUCAGCGUGCAGGCAGGAGGCAAGGAGGGUGACUGCCUGCAAAUGCGCCAGGGCUACCACCAUCUCCUCGAGGGCUUCCCCGGCUGCGUGGUCACCGAUGGAGUCGUCAACUUCUUCCUGGCCCGCACAGCCAAGGUGCUGCAGGUGGGGUUUGACCCCCGGCUCAGCCGUGUCGCCCACCUCGAGUUCUUCAUCGACGGGCUGGGCGUGCUGCACGUGGGCUCGUGCGCCGACGUGGUGGUGGAUCACGCCUCCAAGAUCAAGCUGCCCUGGCAGAAGACGGAGAGCGAGAAGCAAUACGCCAAGUUCCGCUACCCCCCGUCGGCCGACAGCAGUGUCAGCGUCAAACACGGUCUCUUCUACUUCAAAAACCGCUUCAAGUGUAUGACAGGCAACUAACCCCACUGGGCUACCAGCCCCGCCCUGCCAGCGAGCCGGAUCCCAGGGAGAGCCCCCCCCCCAUGGAGCUGGGGCUUUUUAUCCUUGUACCAGGCCAGGGAGGUGACCCCUGCUACCCCUGGCUCGCUGGUGCCUCCCACCCAGCGCCAUCCCCACGCCCUGCCAGCUUCAGGCUGUCUCCAUGGUGGGGGGUGGGGAGUCUCCCCCACUUUCCCAGCUGGUAGCAGGGCCUGGGGGAAUCCAGUCGCACAGUGGGAUACUGGGAAAUUCCCUGGACCACAGGAUGGGUGGCUGAGAAUAGCUUACAUCACCCCGGUGGCUGAACCCCCACUUUCCCCCAGAGAUGCUGUUUUAUACUGGACAGACCUGCCCCCCUUCACAGCUGGAUUUCUCCAGCCCCCCCUGCAGGAGAGAAAAAGCACAGCCCCCGCCCCUCCCAGCUGCCUUGGGACAAGUGUCAGUACCUCAUUUUAUUUUGUGCCAAGUCGUUAUAGCCCCCAUCUGCCCCCUCUGGGAGAGUUCCAACUUCAAGUGCCAAAGCCUGCGGGAGGGGGGGCAGCCCUUCGAGCAAGGGGAAGGGCUGACGCCCAUGGCUGGGUGGGGGG